AUGGCGAAGUUCCUGAAGCCGGGCAAGGUGGUGAACCUACUGCAGGGUAGGUACGCCGGGAAGAAGGCGGUGAUCAUGCGCAUGUUCGAGGAGGGCACCCGCGACUGCCCCUACGGGCACUGCUUGGUCAUCGGCCUGGCAAAAUACCCGAAGAAGGUGAUCUGUAAGGACUCGGACAAGAAGUCCCGCGUCAAGGUCUUCCUCAAGCUCGUCAACUUCACCCACCUCAUGCGCACCCGCUACACCCUCGACGUCGACCUCAAGGAGGUGGUCUCCGGCGCCCUCGACUCCCUCACAACCAUGGACAAGAAGCUCACCGCAGCCAAGUCCGCCAAGGCCAAGCUCGAGGAGAGGUUCAAGACCGGCAAGAACAGGUGGUUCUUCACCAACUUGUUGUUCGUCGAGAUCGAUUCCUGCACGCCGAAGGCGCGUGUAGGCGGCUGCAUCGGCGAUGGUGAAGAGGAAGACGCGUGGCUGGAGGAAAGAUGA